AUGGAACUGCCAAAUCAUGCCAAACACCUGCUGCUGCAACUCAACCAGCAGAGAGCCAAGGGCUUCCUGUGUGACGUUAUCAUCGUGGUGGAGAAUGCGCUCUUCCGUGCCCACAAGAACAUCCUGGCCGCAAGCAGCAUCUACUUUAAGUCUUUGGUCCUCCACGAUAACCUCAUUAACCUUGAUACAGAGAUGGUAAAUCCCUCUGUAUUCAGACAAGUUCUGGACUUCAUCUACACUGGGAAGCUCCUGUCCUCAUCAGACCAGAGCAGUGAGCAGAACUUCAGUGCCCUCUUAACCGCAGCCAGCUACCUCCAGCUCCAUGACCUCGCUGCUCUGUGCAGAAAGAAGCUCAAGCGCAGUGGUGGGAAACCCCUGCCAGGUAAACCCUCCACUCCAGGUCCCCUUAGCCGCUUACGCCUCAACAACCAGCGCCUUUCCUCUUCUACCCCUGCUGGCCCCAACAACCACUAUCCUCCAACCCCUUCCGAUGCCGACCAGCCACAGCCAGAUGAAGGCCUUCGGGACAAACUCUCAGAUGAUGAGAUGUUUGUUGGCAGCUCUGGGAAGAAUGGGAAUGGGGGGAAUGGCAGCAGUAAUGGUAACCUCAGCAGUGGAGGAAGUGCUGGGGAACCAGACCUUGGACUAGACCUGUCCAAGAAGAGCCCUCCCUCUGCGGGCACAGCCACUGAUGCCCUCAGCCCACACAGCAACUCCCAAGAAUCUCCUCAAUCUGCCUCAGUAUCCACAACCAACAGUGCCUCACUGGACGACUCCUCGACCACCCUACCAGGUGUAGACACCUGUGGCUCAGAAACCAUGGAGCUCAAUUCUUCCUCUAAAACCUCAGAGGAAACCCAAAACCAGCCAGAUGGGCCCCCACCCCAAAAGAAAUCCCGGCAGGGUGCUCGCAAGAACGAAUGGCCUAAGAGAGAGGCAUCAGGGUUGAAGUCUGAAGAUCAUGACAGGCCCCUGGUUAAUGGUGUGAUUGUCGGUCCUAAAGAUGGCCGCUCGUCUGGGGUUGGAGGGGGCAGUGGUAGCAGCUUCACCUCUGAUCAGUCUUUCCAGUGUAAAGAUGAGGAAGAAGGAGGAGAGAACGGCCAGGACCACAGUGAAGAGAGCGGUCAAAGUGAUGGGGAGAGUGCAGGGGGUGGAGGAGGAACGGCAGGCGCCAACUAUGUGUACAGGCAGGAAGGUUUUGAGCCAGCAUUCGGAGACAACCUCUAUGUGUGCAUUCCCUGUGGUAAGGGCUUCCCCAGUUCUGAGCAGCUCAACGCUCACGUGGAGACACACACUGAGGAUGAGCUCUACAUCAAAGAGGAGGGAGGGACCUUUGUGAAAGAGGAGGAUGAGGAGGAGGCCGAGGACCUCUCUGCCCCUGUUGGUCCCUCCAACUUUGGCUCUGAAACGCGUCCAUUCAAGUGCACAGUCUGCAGUAAGAGCUACAAAGACCCGGCAACGCUGAGACAACAUGAAAAGAGCCACUGGCUGACCAGGCCCUUCCCCUGCAACAUCUGUGGCAAAAUGUUCACCCAGAGGGGCACCAUGACGCGCCAUAUGCGCAGCCACCUUGGCCUCAAGCCGUUUGCAUGUGAAGAGUGUGGCAUGCGCUUCACACGCCAGUACCGUCUGACAGAGCACAUGCGUGUUCACUCUGGGGAGAAGCCGUACGAAUGCCAGCUAUGCGGGGGGAAGUUUACCCAGCAGCGCAACCUCAUCAGUCACCUGAGAAUGCACACCUCGCCCUCUUAG